AUGCCCACAGAAAACGUGAUUCGACCCUCGUUAUCGAGAAAAAAUAGUCGGCCGUCGCUGUUAUCGUCGUUGUCGUCGCUCCAUACGAAUAUCAUGUGGCAUCAUAACGUUUUGGUAGAGCAACAAUCGCCUUCAGGAGCAAAGGCAGUGGCACAACGGAUAAGUCCAGGUGAUAAUCCCACAACACUAGUUCGCCACGACUUCUUUGCGGCACCUCCAUCUAUCGAAUCGCCCAGAUCAAUUUCAAGCUCGAGCUUAAGCUGCAGUCCCAGUUCAUUGUUAUCAAUGCCCAUGUCUGCAAAGUCACCUUGCUUCGUGCAUUCACACCUAGAUAAAGGAGCAUCGCUACAGGAUUGGCUUGAAGUCCAUGGAAAGGAUAACGAGGUACUUGGUUCAGACGUUGGAGUUGCCAAGGCUCUCCAGCAACAUCACCGGCCUCAACACCGCGUUGAGUUGCCCCGCCCUGAUGGAGGCAGCCAUGCAUUCUCAGAAAAUGACGACAGCGAUACGUAUGGCGGCAACCUGACGAAACAGUUGGCAGAGACAGCAGUCGGGGUUCGUGAAAUGAGUAAGCAGCUUGGACGUGCUCGAAUAAGAUCUAAUAUCCAGAGCGUCCUCAUCGUAACCAAGGCCAGAGAUAACCGCCUUAUCAAACUGACGCGUGAGCUUGCAUUGUAUUUGAUGCUUAAACAUCGUCAAGGGGAUCGAGGCCUUAUUGUCUAUGUAGACCAUCAACUGCGCAACUCGAGGAGGUUCGACACCGAAGGCAUACAGAGAGAUCAUCCAGAAUUGUUUGAGCCUCUCCCACGAAGACGGUCGUCUAGCAGCAAUUCUCUUUCUUCCUUAUCAUCGUCAUCCACUCAUCAAGAUGAUUUCAACACCCAUCAGGAGGGUCAGCUACGAUACUGGACUAGUGAUAUGUGCAGCAAUAGUCCACAUCUGUUCGAUUUUGUCAUUACGCUUGGAGGAGAUGGCACUGUUCUUUUCACGUCAUGGCUCUUUCAGCGAAUUGUUCCUCCCGUUCUCCCUUUCGCACUCGGCUCCCUUGGCUUUCUCACUAAUUUCGACUUCGCUGACUAUCAAGCGGUUGUAGACUCAGCCAUCGACUCGGGUAUUCGUGUCAACCUACGCAUGCGAUUUACAUGUACGGUCUACCGUGCUGUGUUCGACAAGGAAAAGGGCCGCAAGGCCGUGAAAAAGGGUGAAACAGGUGAAAUCAUGAUGAAGGACGUAAACAAAGGAGGAUGGGAAGCACUCGAAGGAGGUUGGUCUGGCGGAUUUACCACCUCGGAGGGUGGCAAGUGUUCGAGGGACAAGGAGAUCAUGUGCUUCACAACAAGACCGGUUGAGACGUUUGAGGUUCUCAACGAUCUUGUGGUGGACCGGGGACCCAGUCCCUAUGUCAGCUUGCUUGAAUUAUUUGGCGACGAACACCAUAUGACAACCGUGCAAGCUGAUGGGCUUUGUGUAGCCACGCCCACAGGUUCCACUGCUUAUUCAUUAUCUGCCGGAGGGUCCUUGGUUCACCCCGAGAUACCUGCAAUCCUCAUCAGUCCCAUCUGCCCUCACACGCUAUCCUUCCGUCCCAUGCUUCUUCCUGACAGUAUGGAGCUCCGCAUAUGUGUCCCGUAUAAUUCUCGUAGCACAGCUUGGGUGUCUUUCGACGGCCGAGGCCGUGUGGAACUGCAACAGGGUGAUCAUAUCAAAAUAACUGCUUCCAAAUACCCUUUCCCGACUGUUUGCGCGGACAAACAGUCAACUGACUGGUUCCAUGCUAUCUCACGAACCCUGAAAUGGAAUGAACGCGAGCGUCAAAAAUCGUUUGUUGUAGUCGAAGAGGGCCCAUCACGGAAGUCGAGCGCGGGGAAAACGAGGAGUCCUGAAACAACGAAGCAAGAUGUUAUGUUCGAUGAAAAUUUGGAGGAUGAAGAGGAUGAAACAACGUCUGACGAUGAAGAUGACAAAUUUGACAUUGAUGACUCCUCGCCCGAGGCUUCGACUAGCGGACGUACUGGUACUCAAAUUCCGAACGAGUUAAAAGCUAGAGAUGCUGCAGUCGGUAUUGCAAAAGCUCGUGAGGAAACAGGCUCCCAGACAGAUGAAGAUUUGCUCUCGACACCGGAACUGGCUGCGCUUGCGCUCACUCAAGGCCGUCGCAUCAAAUUCUCUCGUUCGGCCAAGUCACGUUCGCGAUCGAGGCCGGGUCUGCAUUCUGGUGUUGAUACUCCGGGACGGUUCGCUGGACCCACACAUCGUCCGCCUCAUAUCGUUUCCCACCACAUUGACCAUCAAUUAAGGACGCCCUCUCCCGUACUUUCAAAUUCUUCAGAUGACUCGUUGUCGAACAUGGACGUUGCUCAGCGUGGUGCUCGGGAUGAUAUACAUUCUCGGGAGCAGUAUUCAAGUGGUCGUAGUCGCAUUCCCAAGGACAGGGAAUUUGACGACAAUCUUCAGACUCCCACCAUGGCAGAUACGCCAUCACGUCGCAGAAAUCAUCGCCGAGUAGAUUCGAGGGAUUACGACCAGCAUCAUCCCCGCGCCUUUGCUGUCUGGGGCAAUGAUGAGUCCGAUAGUAAUGCAAGUGACAGCGAUGCUUAA